AUGGCGCUUGCGUUGCGAAGUCCGAGUCGCGCAGCCUCCACGUGCAUUUUCCUCCUCGCAACAGCACUCUUUUCCAGCAGCGACCACUUCGCACAAAUUUCCACCGCUGACGCCGCUGCGGACUCCGCUGAAGGCGGCGGUGGCGGCGGCGGCGGCGCUGCCGCCAUUUCCCUUCCCGAGUCGCUCUCCUCCUACUCCAACUUGGCGUUGCUCGAUCCGCGCCUCGAGCUCCAUUGGACCGUCAACGACAGCGAUGCGACUAUCCGAUUGGCGGUUCGAGCUAACACGGCAGGAUGGCUCGCUAUAGGCAUCUCCGAGAUUGGCUCCAUGGUUGGCUCAGACGUGCUCGUGGCGUGGGUGGCGGAAAAAGAGGGACGCGUGUACGCCACGGAUUGCUUCAUCUUCAACACCAACACCGAACCCACACUAGACUCCAACCAAGACUGGCACGUGCUGGGCGGCAGUCAAACCACAAAUCAAUCCACGGGCGACACGUGGACCACCGUGCACGUGUGGCGCCGGCUGGACACGGGCGACUGCAACGACCGCCCUAUCAUCUCCGGGAAGCUUCACAACAUCAUCUGGGCGACAGGCCCCACAGAUGACGUCAGCUAUCAUGGCUCCACACGAGGGGGUGCCGCCCUGGUGCUCGCUCCUACCCCUGGCCCCACCAUUCUUGAACCCCCACAACCGCCCUCAACCGCUUCUGCCGCUGCUGUGUUUAAAUCGAUUCGAGGUUCUGGGCGUUUGGCCGUACAACAGAAAGCAGUGGGGGGGGAGGAGGCUGAGGCGCGCGUGCUUGAGUUUACUGUGAAGGAUUAUCCUGUCCCCAUGGACCGCUCCUCCUACCGCUGCAUGGUGAUAGACGCGCCUCUGGAGAGCAAGCAGCAUGCGGUGGAGUGGGGGCCGGUCAUCAACACCACCCAUGUCUCCUCCCUCCACCACGCCUUCCUUUAUGGCUGCUCCUCAGAGGAGUACCCAGACCUUCUCCCAGCGGGAAUGGUCUUUGACUGUGUGGGGAGGGCCCCUUGCAGCACGUUCGUGGCUGUGUGGGCAUGGGGAGGGCGCCCCUUCACCUUCCCCCACAACAUCGGCUACCCCAUCGGCCCCGGCUACUUCACCAAGUUUGUGCUAGAGAUGCACUAUGCAAAUCCUGAGGGUCGCAGCGACAUGAUCGACAGUUCCGGGGUGUACCUAAAACUGGCGGCAUCGCCGGGUUUCAAGGACGCUCACAUCAUGAAGGUCGGCAUGGUGGACCACACCCGGCUCAUCCGCAUCCCCCCCGCCAUGCCCUCUUGGACUCACUCCAAUUCCUGCCCGGGCGAGUGCACUGCUGCGGUGUUUAAGAAUGAGAGUGUGAAGAUCAUUGGGUCGAUCCUCCACGAGCAUAACAUUGGCCGCCAGAUGUACUUAAAUGUGCUCAGGGGGGGCAGAACGGUUACAAACAUCAACCGCAUUGACUACUAUGACUAUGCAUCGCAGCAGACCAUGCCGGUGCAGCCCGAGUUUGAGCUGCUGCCAGGGGACGAGAUCCGCACCACCUGCGUGUGGGACUCCACCUCUCGCUCCGACGUAACGGUGGGAGGGCCAGCAGCUGAGAAUGAGAUGUGUGUGGCAUACCUUGUUUACUACACCGCAACGCAGGGCCGAGACAUGCAUGCAUGCUACACAGUGUGUGGGGCGAUGGACAGCGGCACACUCUCUCUAGACCCCAGUCGCCGAGACCUCUCCACACAUUACGUCUGUGGGCGGGGGCACAGCCCGAUUAUUCCCACCAACAAGCCGUGCGCCGCCAGCUUUGGGAGGAACAGUCCUGUCACCGUCCUCCAUGGCUGCCCCACUCA